UUGUUUUGGGAUAACUGGAAGGUCCUGAUAAAGAUAUUCUCUGUGUGUGUGUGCGUGUGUGUGUGUGUGCGCGCGCGCAUGUGUGUGUGUGUGUCCAUGCACAGGUACUCGAUGGCUCUGGCAGUCUGUGUGAGUGUCCUGCUGCUGCUUCUCUGCGCAUGUGUAUCUGUGUGUUCGGCUGAUUAUUAUUCCGUGUUAGGAGUUCCUCACUCUGCCUCAGAGAGAGAGAUAAAGAAAGCGUUUCACCAGCUGGCCCGGAAGCUCCACCCAGACAGGAACCACAGCCCAGAUGCUCAACACGUCUUCACCCAGGUUGCACAAGCCUACGAGGUGCUGUCUAACCGAGAGAGACGGAGAAUCUAUGACCAAUCCGCCGAGAUGGAGAAGAAGCAGGAUUUUGCUGGUGAUGACCAGCAUGGUUCCUAUGGUAACAGUGAUUUCCUGGCCUUCGGUCUACACGAGCUCCUAAAUAUGCUGCGGAUGGAGGAUGAUUUCACGAUGUGGGAAGAUCAUGAUGUUUGUCUGGGUCAGGGGUGGAGCUUUAAUAUGUGGGAUGAAGGUCAGGAUGAUGAUGGUGAUCAUCUUAGCGAUAUGUUUAGUGUGCUGUGAGGUCAGAGAGAAGAAGAGUAAAUGUAAGGUACAAUAUGGAUUGUAUUUUAAUGUUAUAUUAAAUAAAAGUAUCAG